AUGAGUGGGAAGAAACAAACCCCUCAGACUACCGGGUUGAUGAUGAUUGCAGGAAGAAGAAGAAGAAGAUGGCAUCUCCAGUCAAGUCAGCCUUGAAGAUACCAAACUUACGGUACGGCUGUUUCUGACGUCAUCCCCCGCCCGUCAGCAAAACAGAACCAGAACCAGAACCAUACAAGUCGGAGAAACAAAACCACUUGGAUUUCCUCACGGCGCGUGCGCUUGCUAUCCUCUUCUCAUCUCCCUCUCCGCCUCCCUUCCGUUCCCUCCCUGCUCCCUGGGCCAAGAUGGAUCCCUGGCAGCGGAGCAUCCGCAGGAUGCAUCAGGUCGGGGAAUUCCUGGAUCUUGACCCCGAAAAGUCCAACAUGGUAGCCGAUUUCGUUUCCCUGAUCGAGGCGAUGCGGGAGGGCCUCACUCAUAUCGACGAUGAAUCCUAUAUACCCGAUUCGCAAAUCAAUCUGCUUUUUCUCACCAAGCUCAAGGCGCGCCCCGAGUGGAAUGGCUGGGCCACAGCCAUGCUGCGAGAUAAUCGGAUCAACACCUCCAAUCCGGCCGAACAGAUAACUUUCCAAGAGCUAGCCGACCUGGCCAUUGAGCAAGAGAAGAAUCGUCAGCGACCAGGGAGGUCUGCAUGGGGCCCUUCCAGAGCAGACUUCUCACCUCCGCAUACGAUCCCGCAUACUACCGCUCCGGAGGAGCCUCGUACUCUCACGCAAGACGAGAUCAACGCAUUCGUCGUUCAGCAGAUGAGCCAGGAUAGGAAGCUAGAUAAUCGCCGCGCACGGGGACACGCCAAAAGACCGAGUCAGGAGGAAAUCAAUGACUACGUGGUUGAGCAAAUGCGCCGUGAAUACGAACGCACCACGAGGGAUCGGAGUUACAGUCAACCUAUGCCAAGUCAGCCCCUCCAACGACCGGUGCAGAUGCGCUGCACAUUCUGUGGGGACAAGCAUCACCAGCUGCAGAAUUGCUGGCGUCGAUGGAGGGUUGCUGUUGAAGCUCCGCAUGGCGACUAUCUUCCGAAGCGCGUCGAGUACAGGAGUGAAAUUCCGGGUCAGCCGCCCACUUAUCACAGCGGUUUCACGCUUUACUGAGCGUCCGAUUAUGGCCUUCUCCUUUCCUUUUUCAUUUUUUUCUGUGAUGCCACCUUGGGCCGUAUCCGUGAUUGCAAUCUGGGCAUAAGCAUGGCGUUGGGGGUUUUUAGCAUUCUGAUUCUUCAUUUGACAAAUGUGAUCAAAUUUUGGCUUGUAUUGAAGCGUGACGAGCAUACUCUCCUCAUGAAGCACCCCAUACUGUAAAUGCAUCGCCAUCCUUAUAUUUCUUAGAUCGCCACUUAAAGAAGCGAUGGUCACUAUUUUUGGAUUUUCAAUAUCAAGGUCAAGCCGCCGGCCGGUGAUAGGCAAGAGUCGGAAUUCCCAGAUGCAGGGUUCCUGGGCCUUGGAAUGCUGGCUCUGCCAUGGAAGAAGACGAGGAGCAGUUUGGCCGUGCUUCAUGUAAAGACAUGCUUUGCAAGCGCAUCU